AUGGCGCCAAAUAUCAGUGAUCUUAAGACUCAUGAGAAGGGUGCAAGCGACCCUAUCGUUCAAAGGCUUGCUCAAGAAGAUCCGGUGCCAUGGUACAAGAAGCCAAACUUACGACUUCUCUAUCUACUCUUGUUCCCAACCUGUAUGGGCAUCGAGAUCACCAGUGGAUUUGAUUCUCAGAUGAUCAAUGCACUUCAGCUUUCCAAACAGUGGCAAUCAUACCUUCACAAGCCCAAAGGUUCCUGGCUUGGCUUCAUCAAUGCAUCAUACGGCUUGGGUGCCAUCCUGAGCUUGCCUUUCGUCCCUAUCAUCAACGACAGAUUUGGUCGUCGCUGGUCCAUUUUCAUUGGCUCAUGCAUAAUGGUAGCUGGAGCUAUUGUGCAGGCAUUUGCUCAAAACACCGGGAACUAUAUCUUUGCUCGCAUCAUGUUGGGGUUCGGCAUUCCCACAUGUAUUGUCGCCGCAUCUUCGCUGCUUGGAGAACUUGGUUAUCCCAAGGAGCGCCCAGUGUUGACCUCACUUUUCAACGUUUCGUAUUUCGUUGGGGAACUCCUGGCUGCUGGCAUUUGUUUUGGUACCAACUCAAUCGCCAGCCACUGGCAAUGGCGAUUACCAUCAAUCUUGCAAGCUGUGCCAUCGCUUGUUCAGAUCUCAUUGGUACUUUUCCUUCCAGAAAGCCCCCGAUGGUUGAUUAGCAAAGACCGCCAUGAAGAAGCCCUUGAAAUCUUGGUCAAGUAUCACGCCGAGGGCGACCGGGACUCAGAAUUUGUCCGCGCUGAGAUGGCUCAGAUUCAGUCAACGCUUGCCAUGGAAAUCGAGGCGUCUAAGAAGUCUUGGCUAGAUCUUUUCGCCACCUCUGGCAUGCGUCGCCGUGUGAUACUGUCAACAGCACUUGGCCUAUUCACGCAAUGGUCUGGGAAUACACUUCUCUCGUAUUAUCUUGGAAACUUGCUGAAGAUGAUCGGCUGGACUAACACAACCGAUAUUCAAAAGGUGAAUGUUGGUCUGUCAUCCUGGUCUCUGAUCACGGCUGGUACAGCCGCACUCUUGGUCACUCGGUUCCGCCGGAGAGUGAUGUAUAUGACCUGCGUCCUCUCAUUGCUUGCUGUCUAUAUCGGCUGGACCGUCUGCAUGGAGCGAACUAUGACAUCUGAUGCAGCUGGACAUAUCAACCAUGGCGCAGGCAUUGGGGUUCUGUUCUUCAUCUUCGCCUACAAACCUGCCUACAACAUUGGAUAUAAUGCUCUCACUUACACAUAUCUGGUUGAGCUCUGGCCUUUUGCUGAACGCUCACGUGGUAUUGCAUAUUUCCAACUCUGGGGCAGAUUGGCCGGCUUCUUCACAACUUUCAUCAAUCCUAUCGCUCUUGAGAACAUCAAGUGGCGAUGGUUGAUCUUCUACUGCUGCUGGCUCGGCUUCGAGUGUGUCUUCGUCUACUUCCUGUUCCCCGAGACAUUUGGCAGAACUUUGGAAGAACUUGCAUUCAUAUUCGAAGAUAAAGAGAAAUCUGACAGAGCCAUCGCUGCGGUCGAGAAGGCUCGUGCGGGCGUCGAUGAGAACGAGAAGCGUGCUGAAACUGUCGUCGAGCAUGUUCAAGACCGUGUUUAA